GGGUCACAACCUAGCCUUUCCUUCCGGCAUAUUAGUCACUUCAAACUUCCCUAAGAAACUCUGGAUUUUGCAGUUUUUCACUUGGUAAAGUAAAUGAUUACAUUUGAAGAGAUUUCUUACAACGUCUAAAUAGCUUACCAUCAAACAAUUUAGCUUUCAAAAUCAUUGUUUUUACUCUGUAUGAUAGGUAAUGUUAAAAAUAAGCCCUAUUAAAUUCUCCAAAAUGGCUGCUCAGCCACUAAUCGUUGCAGAUUGUCACUGUUACUUCCGCACUGUAUAGUAUGGUGCCUGUAUACAUUAUGUACAUAUAAAAUGGUAUGUCCAGGAGUGUUAUUUAAACUUAAAUGAUGUAACCCAUUGUAUCAUCUUUCUGUACAUACAAAGUCUCAUACUAAUCUCUCCCUCGUAGUUUUCUUUUUCUGUAUGAUUUUGACUUUCAAUUAAAAACUUUUUAGUUAGAAAUAGAGUUAAGAGUUAGAAUCACGAACAGUUACAAUUACAAUGAUAUGUAGGUCUAAACUAGGACUAGGCACUGGGGUAAAAAGUUUUAAAAUUCCACAAAAUUAUAAAACUUAUACAGUUGUAUAAAAGGCUAUAAAGAAAACUGCAAAUAAAACAUUAAAACCAGAAUCAACUUUCUAGCUGUAGUAGUGUAGUUAGUAGAUAUUGAUUGAGCAAUGAAUAUGAAUUUUUCAAGUGCAGGUUAGUUUGUCCUUUUUACUUAUACUUAUAGCCUGCACCUCUACAUUUUGUGACCAGAUUCUGCUGUACUGAUCUUGUCAUGUGCUCAUGUUUUAAUUGGAAUUUUGAAAACAUUUAAUUUCCAGGAUUAGCUCUAUACUGUAGCUUUCAUUUUUAAAAGACCUUUUAUCAAUAAUUAAUUAAAAAAUUUAACUGAGGAUUGUAAGGCUAUAACUGAAUACAGUAGACCUACUACUAUAUUCUAUUGGACUCUAAACUUUUGCACAUGACUAGUUAACUAAUCUUUGCACAAGACACAAGAAUGCAUUGUAGACUUACAGUAGGUACUUCACUAAGCUGCGUGCGCCGAUAGUUUUUUCGGAUGUCGAAAACAGACUAUAAUAAACUGAUGACUGUCAAUGCCGGGAUCUAGUUUCCCUUGUCUACGUAAGGGAGAGACAAUGAACUUAUUAUAGUCUGGUUUGUGCACACGAAGAAGGUGAUCAUUAUGACACAAACAUUUUUCAUCGGACUUACAGUGCUUGUAGCAGAUAUCUUUCGUUAGGAAAGCAGGUAAGUUUGUUUGCACUAUACUUUGAAAACCAUAAUAGUAUUCCAAUUAAUUCUUUUUGUAUUGUAUGUAAGAAACAUUUAACUAAUUGAAACAAGAAACAUAGCGACAUUUAGAUACGCCUUAAAUUGUAUAGACAGUGUGUCAAUUUGAGAAUAAUUCGUAACCUGUUAUCGAUUAGGCCAAAUGAACUGGAAGUUAUAGGCAUUCUCUGUUAUUAUUAUUCCUAUUGCAUAAGAAGUAGUUAAAAUCUUUAUAAAUCUAUUGUUUUUAAAAGCAAUCCAGUUCAUUUUUUAUUAUUAAAUUUGUUUUAAUUUCAUGACUGACAACAAAUAUCUAAUAUUUUAUGAAAUUUCAUUAUUUUUUUUUUAUAUAAUAAAAUUUACAUCCAUGAUAACCAUGUGAAAUCAAAACUAUAUCAACAAAGUUGAGUAAUUUAAAUCUGUGUUGUAAUUUGUAAUAAUCAAACUUCACAACUGUGAAUUAUAUUUUUGGGAAUUAAAUAAUGUCCUUAAUGAUAUAAUUUAUCUGAAACUCAGUUUAGAUACAGUAAACAAUGAAUAGUAGUAGUAGGCUCAGCAGCUGCUAAAAUUCAUUUAUUUUGAUUAAGUUUCAUAACUCAGAUUAGAUACGGUUAAGAAUGAAUAGUAGUAGUAGGCUUAGCAGCUACUAAAAGUCAUUUAUUUUUAUUAAGUUUCAUAGUUUUAUUUACCUUUGUCUUUUAAAUAACCUAUCUCUCUUUUUUCAUUUUCCUUUUGUAUACCUUAUUUAUAAAAAUGUAUAUUCCUUUCUUGCCUCUAAGCUUUACUGCUUUAGCUCAAAGCUAUUAUAUUUGACUUUUCAGGCUUAGCCCAGUCUUUAUAAUUUCUGGUCAUUGAAUAACUUUAUUUUUAAAACAGCAGCAAAGCUAGUAGUUUGUAUACGAAAAAUUGUGUGAAAAUAUCUUAAAUGUCUCAGCAUUUUCUUUCUUUUUAAUAUACAGCCAUGUUAACUAUUUGGAGUAAUUGUGCUUCUAGUACUAGUACUAACUAAGUUUCAUGCCUGUCCAUUCCAGUUGAUGGAAAGCUGUCAUGAGGGCUCAUCAAUACCACCAGACUUUUUAUAUAAGUAAAUUUAUAUCCGAUAAUGUUCCAGAAUGGAUAAGUAGUUUGUACUUGGCUUAAUCUGAAUAAAAAUGGUAGAACAUCACAAUAUAAUAUCUAUACUGGAUAGACAGGAUAAGUAAAAUCACCAUUGUCUUAAUUAAUAAAUAAUUUAAUUACAAAACUGUCACACUGAAAUGCACAAUCUUAAAUUAAAUAUAUAUUUAUAAAUUUAAAAAAGUCCCUUAAAACCCAUCCGUUUAGGUCCGCCUAUGACCUGUGAUGCACCCUCCUUGCCCUGCCUCAUUUUCUGUCUCGGGUUAAUCCUGUAAUAUAGGCCAAAACGUGCCAAAGUGUCCUCGUUUUAUAGCCAUUUUAAUUGUUUCUAUAGUAUAGUAGUUACUAUCCUAAUGACUUAUUUAUAUUGUAGUUAGUUUACAUGUUUUUAAUAAUUGUAAAGCGCUUAGAGCUUUAAGGUAAGCGCUAUAUAAAAAUGCCUAAAUAAAUAAAUUAAUUAAAUAUAGAAAGUACCUUUUGUUACUUAUGUUAAUUACUUAUGUUACUUGUGUUUAAUUAAAUCGAGUUUCUAUCUCUAUUUCAGCUUGUCUGGACUACUAGACCCACAUUGAAUUGCAAGGAAUUUGUGUUGCGAUGAAGUGGAAAUAAGUCCUCUCCUGCUUAGAGUACUGGACGCCCAGCUGUGCCAAGUGUUGCUUCAGAAAAACUUUUCUAGAUACUUCUCCGGAAUAUGGCUUCUACUGCCUCUGUCUGCGUGAACAAUUUCUCUGAAGUUGUUUACCAAUCUUUCCUGUUUUAACAAAAACCUCUCAGGUGUAACUGAAUGUCCAACUGGACAAUCCACCACAGUAUGGACCAUCAGAGCAUAAUCUUAACAGCUAUUGAUAUUUUCCACUAUCAACAGCAUUUAUUUGGCAAUUUAUACACUCAGGACUUCUAUUUAUUAUUUGAUCAAGAUCGCCAUGGACUUGGCCAAGUCAUUACUUUUGGCCAUCAGCUUUCUAUGAAAGACAAUGUAUCUCUUUUGUUCAGCCGUUCAAUGAACUACCCGGUAUACUAAUAUAAUGUUAAGUGAUCAUCAAUUUUACUGUGGAUUUCUAAUAGCAUGGAUACUUGGGAUUAUCAGUUUCAUGGAUUGGAUGAUUGGAUUUAACAUUUGUGAUCAGCAUACUUUCAAUGCGACUUAUCCAUUAUUAUCCAUUAUUUUAUAAAUCUUUUCUGUGGAAUCAUUCACAGUAUUAAUAUUAAUUCACUAGAUGAUUGUAUGCAUUAACUCAUUAAGUUGAAUUGGUUAAUUUAUGCAAUUUGUAUUUUUAAUGCACAAAGAGGUUACAUUUUAAAAUUAAAUUCACUCACUUUCUGUUGCUCAAGUCUCACUGAUUUAAUUCAAUUAUUGAUGUAUUAAUAUUAAAAUGGCUUAUUAUUGCAGCCAAAUACCUAAUUAAACUAAGCUGAAAUUUUGAAGGCUUUAACUUUACAAGUAAAAGAGUUAUGGAAUUUUGAGUGUCGAAAAAUCAAAUUUUUUAAAGAAAUUUACUUACCCCCCGUCGUUAAAAUACCACUCAUUAAUACAUUUGAUAAAAUAUUAAUAUUAAAAUCGCUUAUUAUAAAAGCCCAAUCCCUAAUUAAACUAUGCUGAAAAUUUGAAAGCUUUCACUUUACAGGAAAAAAAGUUACAGCAUUUUGAGUAUUGAGAGCAGGCGCUACAUUUUUAAUGAAAAUUACUUACCCUCUGUUGUUCAAUUCCUACGCUUUAAUAUAUUUAUCGUAGUAUUUGCACAAAAAAGGAUUUAUUAUUAAAGCCCAAUACUUAAUUGAAAUGUGCUGCAAAAUAUAGAGCUUUAACUUUGCUGACUUAAAAAGUUAUUGCAUUUUGAGUGGUAAAGAUGUCUUUUCUCAAUCACAGAAUUUUGGAAAUUAUUUACUAAGGCUAUAUUAGGAAAAAUUCUGACACUAAAAAUGCGAUAACUUUUUUUCUAAUUAAGAUAGAAAAAUAAACUUGGUAUCAAUGAAAAGGAAAUAUUAAGUCCUUUCUAAUGAUAUAAGUUUGAUUACUAUAUAACAACUUUGACUUUUUUAGUGAAGUACCUACUAACACCAGGCCCUAUUUGAUUAUAGGCCUAGGCUAUAUUAAUAAAUCAUCUUAUGCCUCAGUAAAAAUAAUAAAUAAGAUUUUAUUUCAAACUGAAAUCCAAUAUUAUUAGGCUUAUCUAUCAGCAUAUCUAUCCUGUUUAAUUUGCAAUGUUUCAAUUAAAGAAAAAAAUAGAGGGGGAUAACACCAGUAUGAGUGUGCAAAUAAUUAUUAUAGGAGGCAAUGUUUCAAUUAAUGGUCUUAAGUGAUGCCAGUAAAUUAAAUUUUGAAUGAACAAAUAAUGACGAUUAACUGAUAACUGAACUAAGAGCCAUUUAGAUUAGACUCCUUGCAAUAAUGUAUCCUAUUUAAAAUCCAAAUUAGACCUAAUCCUAAUUGUUGACCAAUAGGUCUUAUAAUGAAACGUAGCCUUGCCACUUGACCAAGUGGUAUCAGAUUUGAAUAGGUCUGGGAUAGUCCUUAGCUUUGGGUGAAAGCUAGUUCAAACGGUACUGCUAGCCCAGUGAGUAAGGCAACUGUUCUUCGGUUAGGUAAACACUCAGUAAAUUACCUCAAUCAGUAAAGUUAGAAGGCAGCAGCCAAUUAAAAAUUGUCUUUUAGUUUUUAAAGCAAGGCUUACCAGUUAUAUCACAGCUGCCAUUAAAAAAAAGCAGGAUGUUAAGCCCAUUACUUAAGCAUAUUUCAGUUUUACAUUUAAUUCAGUCAUGAUUUAUUUAUCUAUCAUAUAGAAAUAAAUUUGAUUUAAUUAUUCACCUUUAAUUGUUAUAAUUACUUUAUAAAACAACAAAUUAUGAAACAGUCAAUAGCUGUAUGGAAAUUUUGGAACAAUUUAUAAUAAAUUAUUCAAAUGUAACAUUUUUAAAGCUAGUUAAAAGGCCUUUCAUAAAUAUGAGCAUAUAUCUUCUUUCCAUUUGGUAAACAAAAUAAAUUAUUUACAACUUUUAUUUGCUGUGAAUUUAUGGAUUUUAUUAGUAUAUUGAAUUUCAUCAAACACUUUUGCUGUGAAAUAUUUAUUUUAAAAAAUAUGACAGGUUUCUAUUUUUUUUAAUUUGUGGAAUACUAUGAUUUAGUGUUAAUUGUUCCAGGCCUAUUAUCCUACUGCAUGUAUAGUUUCAUUUUUGUCAACGGUAAGCAAUUUUUAAAAAAUACUAAUUUUGAGUAUUUCUUAUUAUCUCAGGUAACCAAGUAAACAGCAAUAAUGCAGACGAUAAAAUGUGUUGUUGUUGGUGAUGGUGCAGUGGGUAAAACCUGCUUGCUUAUCUCAUAUACAACAAAUAAAUUUCCUUCGGAAUAUGUUCCAACAGUAAGUCACUAUAGUCAUCUAUGCUUGUAAGUGUUAUACUGGAUGGACAUUUUCUAUAUGAUUAGGUGGUUUUGAAAUUUGACAAAGUCCAAGAUCCAAAAUCACUGCUUGUUAAGGUAUGUUUAGACAGCAGAUUUGUUACUUGGAUUCUCAACUUUCUGUGACCACCUGCUACUCACUGUAACAAAAAAGGUGCCACUGUAUUAUUUUCACUGUUUUUUUGUGUUGCAGUAGAUUGUCUACUGGCAAUAUAUACUGAAACAAUCCAUCAUAUUUUUUUUAAUGCGCACACAUUAUUAUCAGCUGACAUGUUAAUAGCGUAGCAACCAGUAGAAAAUGAAGUUGUCAUUUUUUUAAAAACAUGAAUUAAAUAUGAUCUUACUUGUUUAUAAAUAUUGUAUUCGAUUGUAGCCAUGUUUUGUAGUUCCAAUAUUAAAAAACAUAUUUAAAGUUUGAUUUCAUUGAAGUAGGAAAGACAAGAAAAGAUUCUAUUGGAACAAUGUCUUGUUAAAAAAAAUAUGGAAGUAUUUAAAGAUUUGAAAAUAGUUUUACCGUUUAAUUUUUCCAGGCAUGGGUUCUUAUUGUUAAAAUCAUUUUUUAUUUAAAGUGACACAUGCAGGCCCAGGUUGCUGGUCAUUGCACUAUCUCAUAAAUUUAAAAUUGAUAAAUAUAAAAUAUAAUAUAAACAAAACUUCUGUAUCAGAUGACAUAGUUGUGCCUGCUCAGUGUGAACACCUACAUGGGAUAACUGUGUCAUGGAUUCACCACUGAGCUUUGUGGCUGCAACUAAUCCACAGUGUGAACAUACCUUUACUGCUUCUUCAUUGUAAUAUUUUUUUAGACCCAACUCUGGUUAGGGUACCAGGUUUUUAUUGGGUGGCAGGAAGGGGUAGGGGUCAUGGGAUGCAGAGGUAUCGAGGGAAUUUGAUAGGGUGGGGGGGUGAGGGCAGUUGGGGUCAUAGAGGUGAACCGAGGGGAAGAGGUAGUGGAUGAUGGGGAAUGGAUCUAGAGAAGAAUAUAGGGUUGCUCAUGGAAGGUAAAUGAGGAGAGGGUAGAGAGCCAGAAGAAAGUGAUGUGAAAGUGGUGAAGGGAGAUUGCAGUCUCAGAAAGUGAGAUUACUGAACUAAAAUUAACAUUUAAGUAUUAAUUUUUUAAAUACCCAAUCAAAAGGGAAUUCAGUAAAACAUAAAUAUUUACAAAAGUUUUUAAAGAAAUUUAGACUUUCCAUCAUUGUUGGGUUUAAUGACUUUAUUGAUAGAAAUAAAUGGAAAUGUUUUUAGUUUCCAAUGUACAUAUAUAUUUUUCAGCACAUGAAUAAAUAUAUAUUUUAACCAAGACAAAAUUUUGCAAUUAUAAUGGGCCUGUGCUCUAGCCCCAACACUCUUAAGUAUAUUCUCAACUAUCCUGACCAAUGCUUUUCUUGACAAUAAUAACAGCAUUCAAAUAAGAUACAGGACAGAUGGCAGACUAUUCAACCUUAGGAGAAUGCAAGCUAGUAUGAAUGUCAAAGAAACUAUUAUUAUUAUAGACAUCUAAUUCCAUUGCUUGAAGAACUAUUUGAAGUAAUAUGCAUAAACAAUUUGAAGAUACAUUUCACCCUCUAAAUCACAGAUACCUAAGCUCAGAUCCCUGGGCUGUUAACAAAAUCUAAAUAAUGACUCUUUUAGUCGAUAUUAUCACUAAGAGAUUUAAAUUUCAUGGCAUAUGGCUGAUUUUUAUGACUGAGAAAUACUUAAGAACGUCUUGUUAAAUUGUUAUUGUUUAAAAAUGUUUGUCUUUGUAAGAAUAAUUAUGUGUUCUGAAAAUGAACAUCUACAAUGUAAUAAAAAAAACAAUUCCAUUUAUUAGGAUCAUAAAAGGAUCUUAUCUUAAAAUUUAUAUAUUUUUUAAUGACAUACUUCAUAAAGUCAGGAGAUUAUUAAGAGGUUAAUGUUACUUUCUAUCAUUUUAUUUAGAAUAGCUUUUUAGCACUUGGUAUGAAAAGUGUUAUUUCUGUUUAUUUUCAGGUAUUUGAUAAUUAUGCAGUUACAGUAAUGAUUGGAGGGGAACCUUACACAUUGGGUUUGUUUGACACUGCAGGACAGGAAGAUUAUGACAGGCUUAGACCUCUUAGCUACCCACAGACUGACGUGUUUUUAGUGUGUUUCUCAGUAGUUUCUCCAUCAUCGUUUGAAAAUGUUAGAGAAAAGGUAGGUCAAAAGUUAUGGAAAGACAAGGUUUUUCUGAAUGUCAGCUUCUCACUGUAUAAUUUUUUUUUAAAUUUUUGUUACAAUAUUCAUUUUAGAAUUAUUCCCUUUUAAAAACAUUUCUUGUGUAAGUCUGCAUGGACUUGGGAGUUUUCAUUUAAGGGGAAAAACAAAUUAAACUUCUCGUAACUAAAAGUUUCAUGCUUUCACGUACAGGUUGGGUUUGUAAUGCUUCAUUCAUAUUGUUGCUUCUUACAUAUUGAACAAGUAUAUUGAACUAGAAAACAUUGGAAAAAUUAUUUUUUAGAUCAACGCUUGUUUUUGUCACAGAUCAAACACUAUUUAAUUCAGCUAAUUAUUGUGCAUGCCAUCCUCCUGGUCAAAGACCUGUUCACAGGAACCCAAUAACCCUGCACCAACAUUUAAAAAGCCUUUUAAAAAUUAAAAGCAGCAAUAUUUUUUUUUAUAUUACUGUUGUCAGUAAUCAAAUUUUUUUAAUACGCCAGUCAGUUUUAAAUGCCAAACCUAUGACUUCUCAUUUUACACUCUAGACAGAUGAUGGGAUUAGAGUCUUUAUCUAUCCUAUUUGCUACAUUAGGAACUUUCCAUACACUUGUUUUAAGGAAAAAUUUUAUUUCUUUAAUUUUUUUUUGCAAUGUAAUUGAAAGCUUUCAGCUGGAGAAAUUUUUUAAUAAGGAUGAUUAUAUUUAGGAUGUUAUAUAAUCAGAUUUUAAGUUAUUGGUUUUUCUACUGUUGUUUUCAUCUGUUGUUGUUUUUUUUUACAAAAGAGUAAUUGAAUUUGAUUGUUUUUAUCAUUUUAAGAUGCAGACGCCCAUUUCCAGUAUCACAAUAUAACAUUUGUUGUCCUCGCUGAUUUCUUAUGCGAGGACAUAAUAUAUGUCAAUGAUUCUUGUUAACAGUAUCUAUGGUAGAAUAGUGUAAAAUUUAAAAGCUCAUCUAUUUUUAGAAAUGACACGCACCAUUUUCCUGACAAAUAAUGAAACCAGAUAUCACCAGUUUAUCACAGAAAUGAACUCUUAGCAGCAUGAUGUUUUAUGCGGCCAACUAAGCGAGCAUUGUCUGACAGAGGGGAUUCUAUGGAGACUAAUAGAACUUGAUAAUCUUUAAAAUUGACUUUAUAAAACUGAUAAACGAUGUUAACAUAUAUAGAUUAGCAUUAAACUUAAACCUCAACAUCAACCUUUUAAUUGAACUAUUGCACGAAAAGAAAUUGAUUUUUUAAAUUUAAAUUAUUCCUUUUCGUGCAAUAGUUUUCAAUUACCGUACUGAAGCAGAUUUGAUUUCCUUUCUUUAAAUUAAUCUGCUUUGGUAUGGUAUCUGAAAACUCAAUUAAAUAUUUUUUAAACAGUUAUUAAAAGGAUACCCACAGAAAUUAUAUUUCUUGUUUAAAUUUGCACAAAAGGAGGGAUGUUUAUUUUAUUACUGACUGACUUAAGUGAUAUCAUUCACACUUCCUAUUUAUGAAUAAUUUAAAUAAUUUUUUUCAAUCAUAAACAUAGUUGAUGUCUUGCAGUCCAGUGUCUAGUGUUUUGACUAUAACUCAUUCUAACACAGACCAAAUGUCAAUUUUGACUAACUAAUAGACUUAAAGCUUAAUCUUGACUUAUCUGAUUGGCACAUUAUAAUAUUUAAAAAAUAUUAGGUUAGCUAAAACUUUCUUGCUGCUUUAACUAUAUACAUUUGCUUCAUCUUCAAAUGCAGUGGGUACCAGAAAUUACACAUCAUUGUCAAAGAACACCAUUCCUACUAGUUGGAACACAAAUAGAUUUGAGGGAUGAUGCCACAACAGUUGAAAAACUUGCCAAAAAUAAGCAGAAGCCCAUUUCAUCUGAUAAUGGUGAGAGAUUGGCCAGAGAACUUAAGGCUGUCAAAUAUGUGGAGUGCUCAGCACUGACACAGGUUUGUUUUUGCUUGGAUGUUGUUUGGUUUUCUAUUAAUCUUAUUUUGUGAAAGAAGUAUGUGAUUAUUGCUGACUAAGAAUUUUAUUAUAUGUAUUCAUUAAUUAACCUCCACAAUAAUAUUUCAUAAUUUUAAAAAGGUAUUACGUUUUUAAAAAAAAGAAAGUUUUAUGAUAACUUGUUUUGUGCUACUUUUGUUUAUUAUUCUUUUCAAAUCUGACCUAAAUUUUUUUAAAUAUUUCAGAAAGGAUUGAAGAAUGUCUUCGAUGAAGCUAUUCUAGCAGCCCUGGAGCCACCUGAGCCACCCAAGAAAAAGAAGUGCCUCAUUUUAUAAAGUGAAACUGGCAGGUCGCAAUAGUAACAUCACUUUGAAAUAGUCACAUGCUAUUAAUUAUUUUUUUCAAUGCUUUCACGACUGGAGACUAAUGUUAGUGUUUAACCAUGUUAAGGCUUUGAAACUAGUUGGUGGGAGGUAUGCAAACCAGCUAACACAAUGUGAAUGUCUGUUAUUCAAGACCCUGGAUCAAUUAUUUGUGCAUAUAGUGUUGGAUGAUAAGUUAUUAUGGAGCUGUUUGAUAUAGCAGUCAUAAAGUUGGAUUGGAUGCAUUCUGGAGUUGUAUGUUUUGUAAUUAUUCUCUCUGUUCACAAGCAUAUUUCAAACUAUGAGUUAUAUUUUCUGUUUAUUGCCAUUUUAAAUUGCACAAAUAACAUUUUUGCCACUAGUUAGUGCAGUUUAAGGGGGAUUAUUCUUUACAUUUGGAUUGAUUGCAGUUUCUUUUCAAAGUUACUACAAUACUAUUUUUCUAUUUCUGAAAAUCCAUAGACCAGUCAAAAGUAAAAGAAAAUUUAUUUAAAAAAAAAUUAAACCCAAUCUUUCUGCCAAUUUUUUUUUCUCCCCUUUUCACCUUCUUUAAUUGAAUACAUAAUUUGCACCACCUAAGCUUUUUAGCUAUUUUAAAAUAUAUAAAGGGAAAAAAAAUAUGCAUGCUCUUAAUUAAAUAAGCGUGGAAAGUUGAGAUUCUCUAUUUUAUUUAUUUAUUCUGAGUCAACCCUUACUCCAGGAAUUUUUAUUAAAUGAUCUCCAUCUUAACUAAAUGGUACUAAAAUUGUUUAUUUCCUAAUGGUUGUUAACUUUAAAAAAAAAAAAAAAAAAAAAUGAAGUCUUUUUGCAGUGUAUACAUUUUUAUUUCCCGAAGGGGUCCAAGCAAUCUGCUCACAUUGUUCAUGCUUAUUGUGUAAAUUAUGCAUGCUCCAUUCAAUUUAUCCAUUUACAAUUAUAAAAUAUGCUAGAACAAAAUCAGAAAUUCAGUAGGUUUAAAAAGUGUUGCUCCAGAGCUAUUUUUAUUCAAACAUAUAAAUAAUGAUAUAUAUAUAUUAUAUUGUGUAAAUAAAUUGCAAGUUGUCUGUGAGCAUGUCUGUACUUUCUCUUAACUUGUACAUUUGGUUACCACAUGAAAAAUAAAUGAUUAAAACAAAAAUGUUAAUGUUAUGCAUCCCAAGAUUAAUCUGCUUUAGAAAGUGGGGGGUGAGCCCUCAGUUUGGCCCAUACAUUCAGCAAAGACAGAUUUAAUUUAGAGUGCAACAACAAGUGUCCGAAAAUUUAAUAUUUUCAUACAAUCUUAAUGUUUUCAAACUUCAGUUUCAUCCUUCAGUGCAUUUUUUUUGCUGUUGUAGUCUAAUGGCCACAAUAAUUGAGAUAAAAAUCAUGGCUAAUUCAAAAGGAUUUUGGAAUUUAACAUGAGUAUUUCCUCAGAUUUGUUCAUCCAUAAGUGUUAUAUAUGCCCUACAGAAUGAUUUCAUUGUUCAAAAACUGUUCACUUCUGUGCAUAUGUGUGUCAGUACUAACUAAAUAUUAAUGACAUCAUCUCCACCUAAACUGCAUGAUUCUGAUUCCUGUGGAGAUAUGAUACACUUUUAUGUACUAUAUUAUGCUUUGUAAGUUAUUCAUUUCACUUUGUAUUUAUCGUGAUAAAUUCAAAGCACCAUAAACCUUAUGCAUCAGAGUUGUAUUCUUGGUAAACCAUUUCAUAAUAUACUUAGUCUUAUGUCCUGUCCCUUAUUAUAAUAUUCCAAAUUACAUUUGUCCACUUUUUAAGUUUAUGUUUAUUCGUUGCCGUUCAUAAGUCAUCAUCUAAGAGUUUUUUUUGUGUCUUUUUGUCAUGUUUAUUUUGAAACUUAUUUCUUAAGCAUUGUAUAACUCACUACGUAAAUACAGUUUAGAAGGUAUGUAUGUAAACAAUUUAUAUGUUGUUGAAAUUCUAGCCUAAAGCAACAUAUUUUAUUUUUAACCAUACUAAAAUACAUACAGUGGAACUCGGAUACAAUCAAGUUAUGGAGAAAUGAGGAACAUAAAUUCUGUGAACAUGAGUUACAAUAUCACAUCUUGAAAGCUUCUGGGUCAGUCAGGAAGAAUUAAUUUUAAGCAACUGAGAUGCGUUGUGAUGACAAAAGGAUAUUAAAAUAAAACUAUAUGUUGCUGAUUUAAGUUAUCUAUUAACAUGAGAGUGAAUAUAUUAUUUAAUGUGCCUGUGUGAAUGUCAUCUCUUAAAGUUAUAAAGCAUUCCGAUCAACUCAAAAGUUAGAUAAAUCAACUUGCAUUGGUCUAUGCUGGUUUUAAUAUGUUACCGUAGUGAUAACAUCAUCUUAAAGAAAUAAUUAAGUGGAUUCCAUUUGUUUUAAAAUGACCAUCCAACAUUCGCAACUCAAAUGAAAUUCUGAGAGGAAGAGACUUCCUUUUGUCGUGAGUUCCACUGUAUCAUUUUCACAGCAAUUUAUUCUAAGUGUCAAAUUUUCUUUAGAGGUAUCAUCGCCAAAUCUCCAACUCAUUUAAAAUUUAAGUUAUAUGCUCGGACAUGGGUUUUCGCUGCAAUUUUAAAUUUGUACAAGUUCUUUAGUUUGCCUGGUCUUUUGAUUAGACCAAAACAGAUCAAUAUUCCUCUACUACUGAAUCAUAGAAUUUGUCUAAACUGAAAUGACCUUCUCAUAUGAUAACAUAAUUCUUGGUAUAUCAAUGAAAAAAAAAAUAAUAAAAGCUGGAAUUUAAUAGUUAUGGAAUCUUAGAAAAAAUAUUUUAUGAAAAAUCAAAUGGUAGAGUUUUGUAAAAAC